AUGUCCUUAGAAAACGAAUUUGCUUUAGAAACAGAAAAUAAUCAAUUAAAGCAAUGCCGAAUAUGUUGGGAUGAUGAUAAGCCUAGUGAUAUAAUUAGUCCUUGCUUAUGUAGCGGUGGUUCAGCGUAUGUUCAUAGAAAAUGUUUAAACGAUUGGCGAUCAGAAAAUAUAGGUAGCGAAAGCUUCAAAUUUUGUGAUGUAUGCAAAUUCGAAUUCGUCAUCGAAACUGUUCUAAGCGAUUCGAAAACCGAAAGACAGCGUCUGUUGAAAUAUCAUUUAUUUGUUAUUCGAGAUUCAACAGUAAUUAUUUUAAUGGUUCAAACAGUGAUUAUUGGAUUGGCGUUCUUAUUAAAAAUGAUUGAUAAAACUAAUGAAACGUUGAAGAAAUUAUUUCCACAUUCAAUCAACGGAUUUACAGUUUAUUAUUUAAGUGCUUUCCUUUUAUUAUUAGCACUUGCAGGCGUUAUUAUUUUUAUUAUUCUUCUUUGCGUCAGCGGGAAUAGCUCGAGUAGUCAUAGUCAUGUUAGUAGAAGUUCUUCUCUUAGUCGCUGUAUGAAUACAAAUGGAUUCGUUACCGGUAUAAUAAUCAAUGUCAUUAUAUGUGCUUUCAUCGGCUUUUUCUUUGGAAUAAUCAUAAGUGUGAUUAUGAUAAGAAAAAUCAUGAAGCAUCAUACAAGUAAACUAUGGUUACGGCAAGAAGCAGAAAAAUAUGUUAUAAAAGAUUCUCAAGGCCAAAAAAAAGACUUAGAAGAUAAAAUCUUGAUUCAAAUUAAAGAUAUUAUUGUUAGGCAUUAA